AUGUCUAAAUAUGACAAAAGCUGCCUCACUUAUCUGCAAGGUCUUCUAUCUAGUGGGGUAAUCCACUCAAAUUUCCUCAAAAAAUAUCAACAACCGCUAUACGAAAUUAAGAAGCACAAUUGUCUUGAUGAAAUAAAACUAUACGAUUCCGACAUUCGCGUGCUCUCCUUUUUAAUGUUGUUACCCAGUGGACCAGUCUUUAG